AUGCUAACCACAAGGAAAGAGUUGUGGUGUAUACAAGCCAUUUUUUAACACCAGCAGAAAGUAAUUAUGCCAUCACUAAGAAAGAAUGUCUUGCUGUAGUCUGGGUAGUCUCGUACUUUAGGUCUUAUCUUCACAGAUCUCAUUUUACCCUUUAUACUGACUAUUCGGCAUUGAAAUCAUUAUUCUCUCACCGGUUACCCCAAAACAGACUGGCAGGUGGAUCCUGA